AUGAGUUAUUCGCAUGGGAGUUCGGCUUAUGAGGAUAAAGUUGUGCAUGAGAUGGAUGUCACUUGUAAUUGUGGUAGCCAAGUGUAUUUGAAAGCUUCUUGGACCGGAAGAAAUCCGGGAAGGAGAUACUGGGCAUGCCCUAAAUAUGGGAGUUCAGGCUAUUGUGGUUUUUUUAUGUGGUUUGAUCCUGAAAUGUGUGAAAGGGCAAAAGCAAUUAUACCGAAUUUGUUGGAUAGAAUGUAUAAGUACCGACAAGAAAUUGAGCAAUUCAACAUUAGAGAAAGGGAAGGAGCUGCACGCUUGGGGUUCGCGAUGCGAAAGCUCGAAGAUAUGGAGAAUGAGCUCAGAGUUUCGAAGAAGUCUGCUAAUACAUUGUGGAAAGUAGUUAUUUGUGUUCCAACAAUGCUGUUCAUUUUAAUUUUAUGUUUCAAGUAG